AUGAUCAAGCUGAGGCGCAAAUUGAUAGCUCUGCUUGUAGGCGGAUUUAUGCUCGCUCUUUUGAGCAGCCUGCCACGCCAGAAAUCGCCCAUUGCGUCGGCGGCACAUUCUCCUGCGCAGGAAUGGUUUACACGCGGGAGCCAGGAUAUCAAUGACCCGCUGGAAUUCUACAAAAUGCUUUUCGAGAGGCUCCGGAAGGACGCUGCGCAGAUCAAGACGGCUGGUAGCUACGUGACACAAGAUGCAGACUGUCAGAUCCGGGAUCUGGAGGACAAACUGCCCGAGAGCUCACACCUGGGGUCCUAUGACGGGCUUGCAAAGUGCUUCCGGCUGGAGCGCGAUCAUCUGGAAGGCUUGCGGCAGGGGCACAGUGAGUUUUUGCGCACCAUCCAUGGCGAGCUGGCCAUUUCUGCGAAGAGCGCGCUGUUCAAAACACUGUACCCGCUGCCUGCGGGUAUCGUGACCGUGGGCGGCGGCCGGUAUUCGAUCCUCGCGAUGGUCAUGAUCAGAGCGCUGCGGAAACGGGGCACCACAUUGCCGGUGGAAGUGUUUCUGACCGACGACGACGCCGACGACGAGGCGUUCUGCAGCUACAUCGAACAUUUCAAUGCAAAGUGCGUGCUCUUUUCCGACCGUCUACCCAAGUCGGUGCUGGCCUCGCAGAAGCUCUCUGGAUUUGAAUUGAAAGCUGUGGCCUUGCUUCUGUCGUCCUACCAACAGGUGAUCUUCAUCGAUGCCGAUAACGUGCCCCUAAAACCGCUCGACGAUGUGUUCAAGAGCAAGCCUCUCGCGGAGUACGGCCUGGUCCUGUGGCCCGAUAUCUGGAAGCGUGUGACCGCGCCCGCGUUCUACGACAUCGCGGGCAUCCCUGUGGACUUUAAGCGCCGGGUGCGCUUCUCGGCAGACGACGUGUCCCCGCCCAGCCGAUACACGAAGCCCGGUGAAGUCGACGAGUCCUUCAACAGGGCACACGUGCCGCUGCACGACUUUGCGGGCACCAUGCCCGAGCUCAGCAGCGAAUCCGGCCAGUUGCUGAUCGACAAGGCCCGGCACAUGGACACGCUGCUCCUUAUCCUCUACUACAACGUCCACGGAAAGCACCUAUUCUACCGCCUCUCCACGCAGGGCACCUCCGGCGAGGGCGACAAAGAGACCUUCGCGAUGGCCGCCCAGGCCCUCGGCAAACCGUACUACCAGGUCAAAACGAAGCUGCGCUUCCAGGGCUACCACACCCCGAGCCAGUACGUUGGCGCAGCCCUGCUGCAGCACGACUUUGUCCAGGACCACGAGCAGUGGCUGCGCGCCCGCGAGGAGGUCGCGCGCAGGCCCAGCGAGCUAGCCGCCUACAACCCGGCCUACAACGUUGACGAGCACUUCUACAACACCCUCAUGCGCCCCGAGAAGCCGCUCGACGUGAUGUUCGUCCACGCCAGCUACCACAAGUUAGUCCCCAUCGACCUCUUCCGCGAAAAAGUCUACAUCGGAGAGGACGGGAAGCAGUUCAGGUCCUUCCCCGACCUCGCCGCUAUGGACAACUUCGACAUUGAGCUCUUCGCCAUUCAGAUUCUGAACGAGGCCAUAUGCUCAGCCACCACGAAAAUCGAGUUCAAGUACAACAGGGACAAGAUAAAAUCCCCUGAGGAGUUCGAAGAUAUGUGCACCUACGUACGCGACCGCAUGCGGAUGCUUCUCGAUACCAGAGACACUCGAACUCACUCAUAG